UCCCCCCCUUGCCCCCACUACAUCUAUAGAUAACAAAAUCAGUAAAAUGGCUCCAAAAUCGUCAGAUCAGAGAGAAUCCAAUGAAAAUAUUUCAGUAUUACCAACGUCGAUCAACUAUGCAGAUCCUGAUCUUGAGAUAGAUGAGCAGUAUCCGCCUCCUGGGCCAUCGUCGCACAAAAGCGGCGACGAACUCUCAAAAGUAUAUUUUUCAUCGCUCGUCAAUUUGGCAACAGGUAGUUUUUACACCCUCUUCGGUCUUCUGAAACACUCCAUUCUGCGGCCGUACAUUAUUUUUUGGCAUGAGUUGUCGAUGGAUCCAAGAGUUCGACUCAGCCCAUGGUCCCCCCCUCCGAAAGAUGAAGUGAAAAUGUCCAGAAGGCAGAUCUCCAUAGUAAGGAGAAGAAGAUUCUUCACUCUACUCGUCCACGUUUUGGCUGUUGUGGGCUUUUAUUACUGCCUCGCAGGCCAAGUUAAGGUCUACACCGUAUUGUGGGCCGUGAUGUUGGGGGUGGCCUCCUCGACGGCGGUGACGGCGGGGGCGCACCGGCUGUGGUCGCACCACUCCUUCAAGGCCACGUGGCAGCUCCGGCUCCUGCUCAUGGUGUUCCAGACGAUGGCCCUCGAGUUCAGCAUCCUGGACUGGGUCCGCAACCACCGGGUCCACCACAAGUUCGUCGACACCGACGCCGACCCGCACAACGCCCGCCGCGGCUUCUUCUUCUCCCACGUCGGCUGGGUCCUCGUCGCCCCCCACCCCGCCUUCCUCGCCGCCCGCAAACGCGUCUACGUCGACGACGUCCAGAGCGACUGGGUCGUCACCUUCCAGGCCAGAUACUAUUGGUACUUGAACAUACUGCUUUGUUACAUCAUCCCUACCGUUGUUCCUUGGUAUUUUUGGAAUGAGAACUUCUGGGCAGCUCAUUUUGUGGCAGGCCAUCUGCGUCAAGUGAUCUUCCUACAUGGGACUUUUACGAUUAACAGCAUUGCUCACAAGUGGGGUAUAAGGCCAUAUGACAGUCUUAAUCACUGUUCAACCCUUAGGAGAAUUUUGCCGACAGAAAACAUGUUUGUAUCAUUCGCAUCAAUGGGCGAUGGCUGGCACAAUUACCACCAUGUCUUCCCGUGGGACUAUAAAAACUCUGAGCUGUGGGAUUACAAGCUCAACCUAUCAGCAUUGCUGGUAGAUAUCUGUGCCAAGAUUGGUUGGGCAUACGAUCUCAAGACUGUAUCACACAAGAUGGUGGCCGAGCGGGUAAAAAAAACAGGCGAUGGGACGCAUCCCCUGAGCGAGGACAAGGUCAUCUGGGGCUGGAACGAUGAAGACAUGUCUCGACAAGAAAGGGAAGUAGCUCUCAUUACCCAUGAAAAGCUCUUUUGUAAGCAAAAUUAAAGAGAGACUGGGCAACCCUUCUGUUGGUUUAAGCAAUUUUGCAAAAAAAAAAAA